CACGCCUCUGAGGUCAGACGGUCUGUAUGAAAUCUGAAAGCCAUUCCAAUUACAUUUUAAAGUCCCUAUAUGUUCAUUUUUACUUUCAAAUUAGUUCUGAGGGAAUAAAUAGAUUAAUACAGUUACUGUGCGUAUGCUUCGCCUACAUCUCCCAUCGAGCAUUGCGGACACUCCCGGAAAAAGAGGAAGCCCAAGUCACCUGACUGACCAAGCCUCGUACUGCCUGCUCGUAUUUUUGUCGCUGUAAACUUGUUUCAUUUGUGUAUGUUUUGGUAUUUUUUGGUUUGUUAUUGAUAAGAUAUGUUGCGACCGAAGGCACUGACUCAGGUUCUGAGCCAAGCGAAUACAAAUGGUGUCCAAAGUACACUUUUGCUGAAUAAUGAAGGCUCACUUCUGGCGUACUCCGGCUAUGGAGACACUGAUGCCCGUGUUACAGCUGCCAUUGCUAGCAACAUUUGGGCAGCCUACGACAAGAAUGGCCACCAAGCCUUCAACGAGGACAAUCUUAAAUUCAUUCUAAUGGAUUGCAUGGAAGGAAGGGUGGCCAUCACACGAGUAGCUAACUUGCUGCUGUGCAUGUACGCCAAGCAGACAGUGGGUUUUGGCAUGCUCAAAGCCAAGGCAGAAGCCCUGGUUGAGUACCUUGAAGAACCCUUAACCCAAGUGGCUGCAUCCUAGCAGGAACAUUGCUUCUCAUCUGCCCUCAUGCUCCUGCAUUUCCCUCCUAAGUGUACAUAAAUCCAUCGAUACUGUGUCUAUUUAUAAACAAUUGACUAAUCAAAUGUGUUAUUUGUGAGACUGCUGAUUUUCAUGUCUUGCUUGUUUUUAACAAUUAG